GGCUCAGGCGUCCCCAUCCGGGGACUGGGCUCGGCGCUGCUCGUUCGCCCUCAAGGUACCAAUAUGGCGGAGGCUUCUUUUGGAAGUUCGAGCCCAGUCGGCUCUCUGUCUUCGGAGGACCAUGAUUUUGACCCGACUGCGGAGAUGUUGGUCCAUGACUAUGAUGAUGAAAGGACUCUUGAAGAAGAGGAAAUGAUGGGUGACGGUAAAAACUUCAGUUCUGAAAUUGAAGACUUAGAAAAGGAAGGAAAUAUGCCCCUGGAAGAUUUGCUGGCAUUCUACGGUUAUGAAUCUACAAUCCCGGCGGUUACAAAUUCCAGCGCAAACAGCUCUCCGAGUGAACUUGCAGAUGAGCUACCGGACAUGACACUGGACAAGGAGGAAAUAGCAAAAGACCUGUUGUCCGGUGAUGAUGAGGAAACCCAGUCAUCUGCGGACGAUCUGACGCCAUCAGUGACUUCUCACGAGACUUCCGAUUUCUUCCCUAGGCCUUUGCGAUCAAAUACUACUUGUGAUGGUGAUAAGGAAUCAGAGGUCGAAGAUGUUGACGCGGACAGUGGUAACUCACCUGAAGACCUGAGAAAGGAAAUAAUGAUCGGUUUACAGUAUCAGGCAGAGAUCCCCCCUUACCUUGGAGAGUAUGAUGGUAAUGAGAAAGUGUGUGAAAAUGAAGACCAGUUACUGUGGCGCCCUGACGUGGUUUUGGAGAGCAAAGUUAAGGAGUACCUUGUUGAGACCUCACUGAGAACUGGAAGUGAGAAAAUGAUAGACAGGAUGUCUUCAGGAGCCCACACAAGGGACAACGAACAGGCAUUGUAUGAACUUCUCAAGUGUAACCACAACGUAAAGGAGGCCAUUGAAAGGUACUGCACUGGAAAGGCGGCUCAAGAAGGAAUGACUGCGUGGACGGAGGAGGAGUGCCGCGGCUUUGAACACGCGCUCAUGCUGUACGGGAAGGAUUUCCACCUGAUCCAGAAGAACAAGGUGCGGACCAGGACAGUGGCCGAGUGUGUGGCCUUCUACUACAUGUGGAAGAAGUCGGAGCGGCACGACCACUUUGCCCAACAGACCCGAUUCGGGAAGAAACGCUACAACCAUCACCCUGGAGUCACGGACUACAUGGAUCGCCUGGUAGAUGAAACGGAGGCCCUGGGGGGUUCGGUAAACCCUUCGGCCUUACCCUCCAGCCGGCCCGAGGCCCUUCCCGACCCGCAGCUGAACAUCCUCAGCUCCUUCACUGCCAGCGACCUGACAGCUCUGAGCAGCAGCGUGGCCACAGCCUGCAGCCCCACAGAUGUGAACUGCUUGCACGACAGCUUCCCGCCCCUGGGCGGUGCACCGCGGGGACAAGUGAGUCACGUGCCCGUCGUGACGGAAGAGUUGCUCACCCUGCCCAGCAACGGAGAAAGCGAUUGUUUCAAUUUAUUUGAGACUGGCUUCUAUCACUCGGAGCUCACCCCGAUGUGCAGCGAAGAGUCGGAGCGCCCAGCGAAGAAAUUGAAAAUGGGCCUUGCGGUCCCCGAACCCUUCAUGAGCGAGGUCUCUGUCAACAGCUUGGGCGUGGACUUCGAGAACCACACGCACCACCUCACCAGUGCCAAGAUGGCCGUGUCCGUGGCUGACUUCGGCAGCUUGUCUGCCGGCGAGACCCACGGCUUCAUCGGCGCCCACGCCCUGCACCCGCACCAGCACCAGCACCAGCACCAGCACGCCGCGCUGCACUCCGAGUGACCCGGCCAGCGGCGGGCCUGCGUAGUCUUUCACUGGAAGUCUGAACUCUUCGCUAUGACAUCAGUGAUGUCACUAUGUAUAGAACUAUAUCUUGAGUUAUCAAGAGUGUCUUCAUUUUUCAGUCUAUAACUGUGGAAAUGAACUCUGAUCGCAGAGUUGGGGACUCAGAUUGAACUCUGUGGUGCAGCUUUAAGCUCUGCUGCUCUCUUCCUCGCCCGUACCUCGCCCCUCCUCCUCCCCUCCGUUCUGGUCCCGCCUCAUCCCACUUCUAAGACCUGUAGACCGGGGCCACGCCCGAAACCAGCACAGAUUUUUGUCCUGAACGUGUGGCUUCUUCGCGUAAAUUCCUUUUGCCGUACGGAUGCAGUGGAAUAACUUAAGUUUACAGGGACCGAUCCCGAUCCCGAUCCCUGCUCAAUGUAGCAUUUUGGUUUCCUUUUCUUUAUUAACAAAGCAGGGGUAGGUUUCUUUAAACUGCACAAACAUGCAAGGGUUUUUUACAAAUGGAAAUUUCUCUCACUUCAGUUUACAAAGCAGCAAGUCCAUCUGUGGAAGCCAGCACUGGGACCGGUGUACUCGAUGAAGGCCCUGCUUGGAUCCCGUUUCAGCAUUCCAGGCCAGGGCUACCUUACACAGAAUUGGCCAUUAUACUUCCGGGAGACUUCUGUGUAAUUUCUUUCAUCGACUCAAAGUUUGGCAUUUGAAGAUGUGGUAUUCUUUGGGGUUUGUCCACCGUUGUAAAAUCACACUGGUCACUGAUAAUUUAAUUUUUACUAGGAGGUAGCUGACUUGCAGAGGCAAUGCACAAAGCCUGGGAUGUUGCCACUCUGGCUUGUAUUUUGGGCCACCUCUUAUGUUCGUAGCACUGCAGUUCAAAGUGUUAAUACUAGAGAGACUUCUGGCUUUUAUGCAGAAUGCAGUAGAACCUUGAAGUAUAUUUAAGCUAUAUUUUAGCUUGGAUACCUUGCAAGAAAAACAGGAGUUCCUUUUUGAAAUAGAAUGGUACGUUACCACUUUGCAGUUUCAAAAAGUGUUAGAUGUUCACAUGCAUCUCAAACUGUUUUAUUUUUUAUUUCCAAAUAUUGUGAAUAAGAAGCCAUUGUCAUAAGCUUUGGCCAUUUUUGCUGUGCUAGAUAGAUGCUUUUUUAAAUUAUACAGAUGCUUUUUUAAGUUAUACAAAGAAUCAGACAAGAUAAUACAGUAUUAGGAUGUAGUGAGAUUUGCUUUUACAAUUAAGACAAUUACUUCCUUUUGCACUGUCUUAAUUAAAAAUUCUGAUUUUUUUUUAACCAAGUUGUGUUGCUUUGCAAAACAGUGUUUGGCUGCAUUGCUGACAUAGCAAGAGUGAAGUCACUUCAAGGUUGUGCUGACAAGUAGUGGGAUGUAGUGGUCGAAAGGGAGGGUAUUUAUUCUACAGACUGUGAACUGCAAUGGCGUCCUUUCUUUGGAUGAUGUGUAUUCCUGUUUUUAUUUGCAGCAUUUUAAUGAAGAUUCCUUUGAAGUGUUUAUGCAGUAGCACAUUUUACUAUGAACUUUAGUUUAGCACAGUGGGCGAAAGUAGUUAAAUUAAUAACUUAAAAUCAGUCUCUAAUUUAUACACCUACAGUCUAGUGUCCCUGUGUGCACAUGGGAAAUAAUGGUAGCCUGGGCUCUGUGUUGCUUUCUGAUAUUUUUAUCCAAGUUGUCGGCUUCUUAUUGCUGUGUUGUGCUAAACUUUCUUUUGUUAGAAAUCAGUACACUUUCUAUAAUUUAGUAGGAUACUGGCCAUAAUCUUCCAUUGUUGUAACUUUAAUUUUCACUCUGGGUUUACAGUGGCUGGUCUGUAUAAAUAAUUUACACAAAGAUGACUGAAUGCUAAUACCAGUUGCACUUAAAUGAACAAGCCCAUUCUCAUUAGCUGAUGCAGUAAUAUGUUCAGUUUAUCUAUGCAUUGCUGGGAUCUUGAUAUAAGAUGGAAACAGUGUUUCUUAUCUAAAGUUUUGAUUGUCAGCAAGUUGAAUGGACACUUUAGUUAUUUAAAUAGAUUUUGACCAAAAUCCAGAAAAUGAUAAGAGAGAAAAAUAAAUUCCAGCUAGUUUAAUAGAUUUUUAAAUGCCAACCUGAUUAUAGCCUCUUAGAGAGUGCUAACUAGCUGGUAACGUUUACUUUUAAUUCCUUGUUAAAAUGAGGCAAUAAUUUGCAAGAUUUUUGUAUAUAUGUGUAAAUUCUUCAUAUCUUUUUAGAUCUAAUUCAAUAUUUUCUGACUAUCCUGCCAUGUAUUAUACCAUUUCUGUGCAUGCUUGAAGUGACAUUCAUAAGUUGUACCACUAUGACUUGAUCCAUGUAAAAUAGCUAUUUAUUGAAUUUUCUUUUAAAGCUGGAUUUAGUGGGGGUUUUGUCUCCAUUUAAACAUCUUAACAGAGAAUUUGUUACUGUUUAUUAAAAGAAUUGAGUUUGAAAGCAUGAGAAUAUCUAAUUUGCAAUCCCAUGGAGAAACAGCAAUGCCUUUACUAUCGUGUUAAGCACAAUUCUUGUAACAAACUGUGAUAAAUUCUUUUUUUUUUUUCCUUUGCCACAUUAUUUUCAUAUGAACAAACCAAAAAUUCAUGGUGAGCAGUUGCAGUGUCGGCAGAUCAUGUUUUCUGUGUGGUGAGUCGACGGGGACAGUUGUCACGUGGAAGGGUAACUGGGGCUGUGACCAGAGCAAUACUGUUAGCUAUACUCCACCUCUUUCUCUCACGCCGGCUCUUUCGAUGUUUAGUUUUCCUCUUGUCGUGGUCAACUGCUGAAUUUACUUGAAGGAUGUAGAAUACUGUUUUCAAAAUACUAAAGUACAAUUAGGUCAAAGAAUUGUGCAAUCGUUUCCUUUGUAAUUUUUAAAAUUUGAGGGUCAUAAAUGUUUGACGCUGUCAGAUCGAAUAGAGUAGCAACCCUGUUUAAUGUAACCAAAGUCUAGGAACGAUGUCAGCUUCGAAUGUAAACACACCCAGCCACCAAGGAGACUGUCUGCCCAGAGUGUCAAAGCACAUUGUCUACAAGCGGAAAUCGAAAUAAUUUAUAAAAAUAUUGACAUGCUAUGUUUUUUAAAAAGUUCCUAAUUUUUUCACUAAAAGGAGGGAAACUAUUAGUUUUAUUGUUAAAUAUGGUAGAUAGUAAUAUUCCUCUUACAUGACCACUAAUUUCAAAUGUCCCAUUUUGAAACAAGGACCCCAUGAGGAUAAAAUAAAUUAGUGACAAUCAGAACAAGUUUUAGUAUCCAGUGUUCAAGAGGAAGUUGCUAUUGUUGCAUUGAUUUUAAUAUUUGUACAUAAACACUGAUUUUUUUGAGCAUUAUUUUGUAUUUGUUGUACUUUAAUACCUGGUGUACAGUUCCAGAAAUAAAAAUCUGGAAAUCUU